AUGGAACCGUGGUCAGGUGGCAAGAGAAAUCUACUUGAUUUGGAGGGAGGGUGGACUCCAGCUGACUCUGAAGUACGGAAGCUGUCGUUUCUACUUUUUGCACCACCGGCGAACACAAAGUUCUUCCUAGAGGACUGUUUCUCCCAUUUGGCUGAUGUAAUCAAACGGAUAGCCCGGAACAUGAAACUGUCCAAGUGGUCCAAGUUCUUUUAUAUGACGACGGUUCCCUCGCACAAAGAUUUACAAUGGCCCCAAGUGGAGCCAACACCAGAAGAUUUCACUGCAUCAAUGAGACGACAUGUGGACCCCACGUUGAACAAAGAACCCCGGAAAGGAAAAGUGUUCACAGUGCCUGGUGGGUUUGUGAUCCCGAAAGCAGUGAAUUUCAAAGUAAGCAACCUCAAGAAAGUUGAGCGCAGCGCUGGGACAGCGGCCAACCAAAGGGCUGCAGCGGCAACAGCAUGGGUCCUUGCAAACGCCGAGCAAAACUUUGUGAACGGUCCGAUGGCAUGGACAGGCGACAAGAAGUUCAUGAUUGACUGUAUUAUGGGAAAGAGAAUUUCGAAAGUGAAAUGUGCACAAGACAUCAUCAAGGCAGUAAAGGAGCUAGGAGAUGUCGAUGGCUUUCUGGACUCCAGAGCCUCCACGUGGGGGGGUGUGCUGAAGCAGCUGACAGAAUAUCAGGCUUUGCGAGAUUGCAUCAUAGACUUCGUUUGGGCCAAGCAUGUUAUCCUUCACCCAGAGGAUGUUGACAAAAUGCCAACUGAUCAGAAAAUCAAAGACGUGGUGAACUCGUUUAACAAAGACACCGGGUUUUUGGCUGGACAUGAGCCAUCUGCCUCCUCUUCUGCUGCCGGCCCAAAAAGCAUGGCUGGCAGAGGAAGGGGGAAGGCCAAAGCAGUGGCAAAAGAAGCUGCCCCCAAAAGGAGACGUGGUCGAGGUCGUCCCAAAUGA